AUGGAAAACGGAGAAGUGGAAGUAGGGAUAGCGUUGAACUCGCUAUUCACACUCUUCAACUCCAGUCUUCUGCUUUUUCUGGUACUUGGAAUGGCGCUGUUUUAUUCUGGACUGACUCAGCGUAAGGCUGCAUUUCAGCAGCUGAGUUUCCCGCUACUGGUCACGCUGGAAGUCAUGAUCCUUUGGUUGUGUUUUGGGUACACACUGAGUUUCUCGGAUACAGGCAAAUCGGGCUAUCUCAGCAAUUUUGCACACGUUGGUUUGAAAGAUAUGGAUGCUCUAGUGGUUUACCCAAAUCAUAGAUACAAAAACGAUGCGACCCAAGUCUUUGGGCUGGUUUAUGCGGUUUACAACGGGCUGUUUGCAAGCAUCACUGCUGUGAUAGCUAUGGGGUGCUUGUGCGAACGCGGACGACUAAAACCUGCAUUUAUAUUUCUCAUACCGUGGAUGUUCCUCAUAUAUUGUCCUAUAGCAUACUGGGUGUGGAACCCUAACGGAUGGCUGCACAGAAAAUUAGAUGUUUUGGACUUUGCAGGAGGAAACGCCGUCCACAUUGUCUCUGGAACUACAGCGCUCGUUUAUUCGUGGUUUUUGGGGUACAGGAACGAGGCCAGUCUUGUCGAGUAUAGGUCAAGUAACCUAGGCAUGGUCAUUUGCGGAACGAUAUUCAUUGCCAUCGGAUGGCUGGGCUUCAACUGUGGCGCGCUGUACACCGUGAACGCACUCACUGGUGUUAUUUUGUCCAACACCGUGACAAGCAUGGCUGUCGGCGGGCUUAGCUGGAUGGGGCUGGAUUACUUGUAUCAUAGAAAUGGACGGAUCUCGGCUGUGGGGCUGUGUUCCGGCUGCAUAGCAGGGCUGACAGCGAUCACCCCAUGCACUGCAUACAUAAAUUUUUGGUCGAGUUUUGUGGUUGGUUUACUAAGUGGUGUGCUUUGCAACGUCGGCACCCGGCUCAAAUAUUGGCUCAAAAUUGACGAUUCGCUGGACAUCGGAAUUCAUCUUUUUGGAGGUAUCGUGGGGAACCUGCUGGUGGGCCUCUUUGCCGAUAAGAACGUUGCCGCUCUGGGUGGCCUAUCAAUAAAGGGAGGCUGGAUCAACCGUCAUUUCAUCCAGCUGCUACACCAGUUUGUUAGCUCGCUAGUGGUAACGGUUUACGUUGCGGGGGUCUCGUUCAUAAUUCUCGCCAUCCUAGUCCGCCUGCCGGGUUGCCGACUCCGUCUCGACGAUGCGAGCGAAAUGGAAGGCUCGGAUUCGGCCGUGUUUAGUUCUGAGUACAUUGCCGACUACGUGGAGUUUGUGCGGCAGCUGAACCCGGACGAUUACAAAGAGGAGUAA